AAAGGACAAUAGCUUUUGCCCUUUGUUUGAGUGUUUUCACAACAAAAGUCCAAAGCAAACAUGGGGAAAAUGCACAAACCUCUCCUUCCCUGAAACACCCUGUUUAGUAUUUCGUAACUAAUUAACGUUGGAAGAAAAAAAAGGGGAAAAAGCCCAUGAACCGUGUUUCAGGCAUGUGCCUAGAUUCUUCUACAAAAGUGAUGCGGAGAAAUUAACUGGAAAUCACCAGCUUGGCAAGCAUUCAAUUUGAAAUUUACAAGGAGCCCAGUAUUUUUUAAUUUGACCCUCUAAUAGCCAUAGCCUUCACCACACGGACUCUCUUUUUACUGCAUUGCUUUCAUUGGCCCAACAAAGAUGGAUCUGCCAUACAGGAACAAGAUUUCCCUUCUCAUUUAGCAACCUUAAAGUUCUGGCUUAUUCAUACUUAUCAGGCAAAGUGAGAGGAAACACACAGCAAUAGGAGAUGCAGGAUCAGUCAAGGAACAUCCCCUUUAUAGGAAGGCUGGAGCCCAGGCCAAUUCCCACCACCACCCUAGAUUUACGUGGAAAGCAUCGCAGGAUUGCAGAGCUGAACCGCUUAGAACAAGAGAUCAAGCUUUUGAAGGAAGAAUUGGACGAAUUGGAACAUACAGUGGAAGCAUCAACAGUUUGCAAGGAGGUACUACAUACUGUUGAGAACAGACCAGAUCCCCUUCUUCCUAUCACUGUUGGUCCAGAAAAUACUCAAUGGAAUCACUGGUUUGAGGGAGAUACAGUCUCUCAAAGUUGCUGUUGUGGCCUAUGAUGAUUUUCAAUACCCUGCCUGCCUGGAGAAAUCAAAUUCUCUAGUUGAGUGUUUUGUAUAGUUCAGAAAGCGAAGAAGUAUGCUUUUUCUGUAUUCCUACAAAUGAUUUCGUGUGUUUCUAAUCUGCCAUAAAAUAAACUGUUUUCAUCUCUGCAUACUUAAUUUUUGCUUCAAAUUUAUAUAUACCUUCAUUUUUGUACUCAA